UCUCCCUCACUCUCCAAGGGUUUUGGCAUAUACCAUGGUUGGAACAUGAGACAAUUUUUACCAUCAUAAUCAUAACUAUAUUAGAUUGAGCUCGUUUAUUCAGUCUACUCCAUUAUUAAUAAGAAAGUACAUUAGAUAAUUAUAGGAAACAAAAAGUAAAAAGAGACUCAACAACUUUCCACUUAGAAAGUCCCAAAGUUUGUUUAUACUUGAUGUCUUUAUAUAAGCCUAUGUAGAGGAUGAUCAUAGUAUGACGGUGGUUAGGUUUAAGGAUCAAGAAAUGGUAAUGAUGAAGGCAUUAAAACGGAGGAGUAAAUUGGUAGUAUAGUUGUAUAAGGGCAUAAUUUUACAUGGUUGGUAACAUCUAUAAAGUGAACCACAUGCACCCACGUCAUAUAUCAUAUGAUCGUAGGAACGUGACAACAUUGUCACUUUUAAAGCAAUGAACUCAGCUCGUCCUCUCCUUAGCUUCUACCAAGCACUCCUCAAAUACUAUAAUUAACUAUAAUGACUCUCUUAUUCAAAAACUGGGGUAGUUGCGCUUAAUAAGCCUCUAUAUAAGGACUUCAUUUAUCGCGUGAUAACGCACAUCUCCUCUUUCUUUUUUGAACAACCAAAAAUUAAACACAAUAAAAAGAAAAUCCUGAGUUCAUAUACAAUGGAGGUAGAAAAAGUGCAGAACAUAGCCUUUAAGUUCAAUAAGAAUGGAGGUAAAACAUCAAUAGAUAGCAUUCCAUUAGAGUUCAUAAGGGCAGAGAAUGAGCAGCCAGCAAUGACAACAAUGCAUGGGUCUGUGCUUGAAGUGCCAACCAUUGAUAUCAACGACUUUGAUGAGGAAAGAGUUGUGAGUUUGAUAUCGAAAGCGAGUGAAGAGUGGGGUUUAUUUCAAAUAGUUAACCAUGGAAUACCAACUCAAGUGAUUCAUAAUUUGCAGAGAGUUGGGAAAGAAUUCUUUGAGCUUCCUCAGGAAGAAAAAGAGGUUUAUGCAAAACCACCUCCAGGUUAUCAAGGUGCUGAAGGUUAUGGAACUAAGCUUAGUAAUAAACGAAACGAAGAUGAUGUUUCAAUUAGAUCUUGGGUUGAUCAUUUGUUUCAUAACAUUUGGCCUCCUUCCGCCAUUAACUACCAUUUUUGGCCAAAAAACCCUCCAUCUUAUAGGGAGGCAAAUGAAGAGUACGCGAAAUACUUAAGAGGAGUAACUGAAAAGCUAAUGAAAUGUUGGUCAAAAGGACUUGGUCUGGAGGAGAAUAAGAUGAAGGAAGCAGGAGGCGGUGAAGAAAUGGUGUAUUUGGCAAAGAUUAAUUACUAUCCGCCAUGUCCAUGCCCUGAAUUAGCACUUGGAGUGCCUGCUCACACCGAUUUGAGUUUGCUUACCAUUCUUGUCCCUAAUGAUGUUGCUGGUCUUCAAGUUUCUAGAGAUGGACUCUGGUACAAUGUCGACUAUAUACCCAAUGCCCUCAUCAUCCACAUUGGUGAUCAACUUGAGGUUCUGAGCAAUGGAAAAUACAAAGCAGUGCUUCACAGAACAACUGUGACCAAAGAGAGAACAAGGAUGUCUUGGCCGGUGUUCAUUGAACCCCCAGCACAGCACCAAGUGGGGCCUAUCCCGGAGCUCAUCAACGAACAAAAUCCUGCUAACUACAAGACUAAGAAGUUUGCUGAUUACAAGUAUUGCAAGCUUAACAAGCUCCCUCAGUGAAGGCCGACUCGCUUUUUUUACUAUUACUUCUAGUGCAGUACCUUUGAAAUUCGAUUAUUCUUGCAUCUCCAUUAUAUUUACUUCUGAGCGACACAUCUAUAGUAUUGUAUCUUAUCUAUCAAAUUACUUUCCAAAUAAAUCUUUAAAUUACCUCU